AUGCAGGAAGACAUACUAACUGGUCCGUCAGACGCAGAAGGACAAGGACAAGGCAAGAGUGAAGAUAACAAGGCACGGUCAAACGCCAUCAACCUCAUACGCGCGCGUACAAUCACACGCACGUCCCCGACAGAGGCUUCUUCACAGGAACAGCCGUCAAGCGAGCAGGCUGAUGCCCAGAGGCCGGUGAUGGACCCCCCAGUUGUCAAGAUGGAGCCUGCUCCGGCAUCGAAGAAGACCAAGAAGAAGAAAGCCAACAAGAAGAAGCGACUCUUGCUGGGUGACAUGAGGGGUGGUAUCACUGGACUUCAGGAUUCUGGUCUUCGCGCCUCGUCUUCUUCGUCAGGACAAGAGGACAGCUCGAGCACCACUUCACACUUGCAGGGCAGUGACCCGAUCUCCAAGGCCGUGGAUGCUGCCAAGGCAUGUAAAGAGAUGGUCAGUUCUGUGAUUACCGAGCCGGAGCACCGAGGCAACCUAGCGUCCCAAAAUAGCACUGCAGACAGUAGUGACCAGCGUGAUGCUUUGAUUCAGCCCCUCAAAAAGUUAGACAUCAAAGGCAAACGGCGGGUCGGCAGAGUCGAUCCAGUGACUGGCAAUGAAGUGCCUGAGCUGGUGCCGACUCCACGCGUUCCCCAGCCGGUGUCAAAGGCGAGAGACUCGGUGAUUAGCCCGUCCUAUGCAACGGUGCUGUCAGGCAAACGCAACGUGAGCAAUAACACCACCCCAGCACCAAACAGCGGUCCCUUGUGCAACUCUCUUCAGCCCACAUCGGCCUCCCUCCCUGAGCAGGCUAACAAGGAAGCUGAAGAUUCAGCUGGGUUUGAUCCCAAGAGUGCCAGCGCAGGCAAGGCCAAGCUGUCGCCCAUACGGGAAGUAUCUAGUGAAUGCGUGCAGCAUCGAUGCAGCAUCGAGAGGCCUGCCAGUCGAACCGACCAAGAAGUAUCGGGCUCGGGCUCAGUUGCCGAAACCCAGAGUCUCUUCACAGCUACACCCAAGUCGAACAGUACCACAUCCACUGGAUGGACCAACAUAGCGCUGCCACUCAGUCCCCAGACCACAGAGACAUCUGAGCCAUCCACCAAAGGAGCCGAGCACUGCUGCCAGAUAAGCUCCAGCAGUUCACGCAACGUACAGCCAUCACAGGUCAUCGGCAGUCAUGCACAUCCCCCUCCGCCCCCUUCACCAAGUAGCACACACUCAACCUCCAUGCCCACGCAGACAAUUGCACACACUCAAGGCACCCUGUCCACGCAGAAACCGGAGGGAUUCUUCUGGCAGCUCGACAGCCACGGCUUUCCCUGCGCCAAAAGCGACUGUGACAAACGCUGCAACCUGUGGGAUGGAGCCACGGUGAUCUGCCCGCGCUGCGGCCCAUACUCCGAAAUCCGGUAUUGCAGCAAAGUCCACCUGUUCGAGGACAUCAAGAUGCACUGGCUGUACUGUGGACAGUUCGUCUUUCGUCAUCCAUGUCGCGAGACUUCGAUCCCUAAGGCAGUGCGAGCCGGGCCCCCUCUCAUCCCCUGUCUCCACGCCUACGACGUGCCCGAGCGUCAUCGCCAAGCCGUGUAUUUCAACAUGAACGCCAGACAAGGCGACUACUUCGUGUUCGCCGACUGGGCCGAAUAUGUGAAAGCCGGGUUACCCGAGGACAAGACGGCGGUGCGGUGCCCCAGCCGAGUGGUGUAUGUCGUCAAGUUCGACGAUCCGGCUGAAAAAGACCGGUUCCGCCGAGUCCUCGCGACUUGUCUGUUCAUGACGCUGGAAGUCACCGAACUGGUCGAUUAUCUAUUCCGGCUGAUCCGCGACAAAUUGCGAUCGGUGCCCACUUCAGAACAUAUCCUGACUGCAGUCCGGUAUCAGGUCUUUCAGGAGUUCAAUGUGACCAUCCAGGGUCUCAUCACGGGUGAAAGACAUGCAUGUGAGACGGACUGGGAUGGGAGAAAUCGUCGCAAUUGUCCGGAUCUCGUCUGUCGGUCGGAGUAUCGCCGGCUCCUGGGCUCCCUGGGGGGUAGAGGGCUCUGUCGGAUGAUUGAGACGCUGGAGUCGACGUACUGGAUUCUUCGCGCGGCUAGAACGACCCACCCGACCGUGUCGGAUGCGAACAAGCGGAUGAUGGGAGAGGGGUUUGACGAGGUAGCAGAGGAAGAUCGGCGUGUGUUUCGACGGGGAGACGGCUGGGACGGUGCUGGCACCGGCGAUAUGGAGAUCGAGGGAAUAAACGAGUAA